AGAGCAAUCAGGUAGUCGUUCAGCAUUUCCAGUCGAGCAUGGUCGGCACCUGGCUCUCUGCCGAAAGCUUCUCCUCCUUCUCUUUUCUCUUUCCUCUUCUUUUAGUGCGUGCGUAAUCGUGAAAAUUUUGUAAAUAGGUAAGUAAAACCGUUGUGAAACAGUUUCCCUUACGUCCGCGCGAGCUGUGAUUUCUUUUAUAUUCUUCGAAUUGUUCCGUACGGAUCCGAAACUGCGGAACAGAGGAAUCCAGCGGACUUGGUGAAACGCUGCUGUCAAGAUAAAGGGUGAGCGAUUAUCUGGCCAACAAUGCCGUAUUACAACAGUGGGCACAGUCCUUCCACCUAUAACAAAGACGGAGGAUCGAGUGGUCCAUCGAGCACAUCGGGCGGCCGCGUGAGCAGUUCCGAGCCGACGUACAUGAUGGAGCAUUUGGCCACAUUCACGGUCACGAAGGAAACCGGUAUUGUUUAUCCAGCGGACGGUAUGCGGCGACUUUUGCAGUUGGAGAAGAGUAACGGCAUUUGGAGCCAAAAGAUGCAGCUCCGUCUUGAACGGAAUUGGGUGCUGAUCAUGGACAACGAGACGGGGGCCGUCAUGGAGCGAUUCCCAGCCUCGUUGAUACAGGAACCGACCGCGUUCACGUCGAGGGACCCUAUGGAGAUGUAUAACAACAUUCUCGUCUUCACAGUGGCGGAUGACAGCGGCUCCGGUCAACGGGCAGAAAUGCAUAUAUUCCAGUGUCAAAGUGUCUCGGCCCAGGAUCUCGUCGAGGAUCUAAAGAUGCUGCAAAUGGGCAAACUGGUGCCCGGCGGUUCGCCAAGAGGUCCAAGAGGUCGUAUCCCACCGCCUCCUACUUUACCACCGCCGGAACCACCCUUGAACGGGGUUAACGUCCGGGAACAGGUGUCCGCCUUUAACGCUAACAAUGCCGACGGCCAAAACGAUAUAUCUCGCGAGGAGAACAACGACGAAGUCUCCUCGACGUCCUCCGAGAAAUACGAACGCGACGUGACCAUCCUGAACCAUUGUUUCGACGACAUCGAGAAAUUUAUCGCGCGUCUGCAACACGCGGCGGCCGCCUCGAAGGAGCUGGAACGCCGGCGGCGCAAUCGGAAGUCGAAGAAGAGGAAUCUGGGUGACGGGAUGCUGACAAUGAGGGCGAAACCACCUCCGGAGAUGGAGUUCAUCGACAUAUUCCAAAAGUUCAAAUUGUCGUUCAAUCUGCUGGCUAAGCUGAAGGCUCACAUUCACGACCCCAACGCCCCCGAAUUGGUCCACUUUUUGUUCACGCCGUUGGCCUUGAUCGUGGACGCGUCCCACGACACUAACUACGAUCCAAACCUGCCGAGCAAAGUGGUGUCGCCGUUAUUGACCAGAGAGGCGGUGAAUUUGUUAAUUAAUUGCGUCACCAGCAAAGAGACGGAGCUUUGGCAUUCACUUGGCGACACGUGGCUGAUACCGCGCGACCAAUGGAAGGGCCACGUCCCUCCGUACCAUCCCAUCUUCAUGGACGGUUGGUCGCCGGAGUAUCCAAUACCGGAGGACAGGGACCACGAUCAUUUGGCCUCCUUGUUGAACGCUGACAAACAGAAGAGGGACGAACUCCCUGAACAACAGAACGAUCCGUACUAUAAUCAUCGAGAGGUGGACGAGUCGCAUUACAGCAGCGAUUAUUUGGAGUACGAGAGCAGGGAGGAGCGUGCCGGUAACGAGUACUUCGAUAGAAAUUACGGGACCGGCUCGGAGCUGUACGCCAGGGAAGAAAGAGUGGUCGAUCAAACGAGAGCGCACAGCGACAUAUCGGUGGACUCGAUCGAAAGAACACCGAGGACCACCGGCAUGGAGAGGGCGCAGGAAGCUUGGCUAGACGAUCUGGUAGCCAGACACGCGAAGAUCGUGCAAGUCACUUACCCGAGGACGGCGAACAACGACAAGGAGCUGACGGUUGUCAGAGGCGAAUACCUGGAGAUUCUCGACGAUAGCAGGAAAUGGUGGAAGGCGAGGAAUUCCAGAGGGCAGGUCGCGCACGUGCCGCACACCAUCGUCACGCCCCACAACCCAUCCCAUUCUAACGACAACGACGUCUUCAACAAUCCUCUCUACACGAGCCGAUACCCGCGACAGGGGCACGGCUAUAAUUACGAGGAUUCCGAAAUAGAGAGGACCAGCACUAGUCCAGGACCUGAAGCUACUCAUCGGACGCACGCUAUUCCGCCGCCAGCGCCCGCCGACUGGGUGAGAAAAGAGAGACUCGGGAAGAAAGGUGAAUUCCGGUAUUUUUAAGCUGUCUAGUGACUCAGAGUCAGUGUAGUUUUGUCCUUUGCUUGAGGGAUCGGAGAGGAACCGAAUCUUAAGUAGGAUAACUUAAGUUGUGGUUGUCGGUAUCAGAAGACUUAAACACGCUGGACCACCCAAGCAGAGAACGCAACUAAAGUGCUUGGGUUCGCUUUCACGGCUUGGGUUCUUGCAGUUGAAAUUAUCGGAGGCUCGUCCGUCGACAGUCUCAGCUGCAAAAUAAAGCAUGCUGCAUUGGAGAUGUUCAAUAAAUCAACGAAUAUAUUAGCGCUCAAGCACUUGUGUUGCGUUUCAAAUUACUGUACAAGCUGUACACGUUUUGUUUUUGUAAGCGUUCUAUGAUUUCCAAUCUUUUCUUCUUUUUCUUUUUCUUUUUUUCCUUUUUUUUUUU